AUGCCGCCAACUAUACCGACAAUUCUCUUGCUGGGUACAUGUGACACCAAACUAUCAGAACUACUCUUUACAAAGUCUCGAAUCGAGAAACACACCCUCUGCCAAGUCCAAAUAAUGGAUAUAGGCCGGAAUCCAGUCACCCACGAUAAGAUCACCUUCCCCCAAGAAAUCUACAGCAGCUAUUUUACAUCUCUCAAGCGACCGACGGUGGAAAUUAAGACUCUUGAUCGCACAGAGUAUAUCGAUACUCUGGCCCCAUACGCCGCCUCUUUCGUGUCGCAUCUUUUCACGGAAAAGAAAGUCCAUGCAAUCCUGGGGAUAGGCGGAUCCUGUGGUACGGCGCUGGCUACGCAGGUUAUGCGUGAUGCUUUACCAGUUGGGGUUCCCAAGUUGAUGGUCUCCACGAUGGCAUCGGGUGAUGUUGGACCGUAUAUCGGGGAAACUGAUAUCACAAUGAUGUAUAGCGUUGUGGACAUCGCAGGUCGGAAUCGAUUAUUGGAGAGGGUAUUGGGGAAUGCGGCUGGUGCUAUUGCAGGCAUGGCAAGGGCGUACUUUGAGGAUGUUGCCUCCAAGUCAAACCAAGUCCUAGCCGUUACUGAGGCACAAACAGGAUCCGGACAGAACCAGACCCAAACACAAACAGCACCACAAUCACAGAUACAGAAAGACCCCAUACGCAUUGGAAUCACCAUGUUCGGCGUAACAACACCAGCAGCCACCGCAGCCCGCGAACACCUCGAAACGAUCCUCCCAGGAUGCGAAGUCUACGUCUUCCACGCCACCGGCUCCGGCGGCAAAGCCAUGGAACGACUAAUAUCCGAAGACCAACUCGACGCCGUACUCGACCUAACAACAACCGAAAUCGCCGACGAAGUAGUCGGCGGCGUCCUCAGCGCGGGACCAACCCGGCUAUGCGCCGCCACAAAAAAGAACAUCCCCCGCGUGCUAAGCCUCGGAGCCUGCGACAUCGUCAACUUCGGAACCCCGGACUCCGUGCCGUCUAUUUUCGCCCACGCGGGGGGCCAACAGAAACGAGUCUUCCACCCACAUAAUUCGACGGUCACGCUUAUGCGGACUACGAAGGAGGAAUGUAUUCGGAUUGCGAAGGUGAUUGCGACGAAUUUGUUAGAGGGGAAUGCGGGGUGGGAGAGUAAUUGUCGGACGAAAGUGAUUUUGCCGCUGGGGGGUUUGAGUUUGUUGGAUACGCCGCAGAAUUCGUUUUGGGAUCCUUUGGCGGAUAGGGCGUUGUUUGCUACGCUGGAGGAUGAGUUGAGGGGAAGUGAGAUAUUGGUUGUGAGGGAUGCGAGGCCGAUUAAUGAUCCUGGGUUUGCGGUUGCUGCUGCUGAUAUGCUGUGUGGAUUGAUUCGGCAGCAUCGGGGUGAGCGGGGUAGUAGUGCCGAGUAA